CCUACCUUAUCUAUCUUUUUGUUUUCUACCAGUUUUUUGAAGCCUUAUUAUAAAUCUUAAUAUUGCUCUAUCAUGUUUUUGAGAAAGACAUGCAAAGGAAAAAGAAGAUGAUUCUCCAACCACUUUGGAAUUAAUUGGAGUUUUCCUUAAAAAGCAAAGAACGGAACUCUUUGAGGAAUUUCAACAUCUUAAUGUUAAGCUGGAUACUAUUCAACAAACUCUAGUUGAACAUGACAAGCGAAUUAAGGAGAAUAAAGAAACUUUAUCGAUACUGGAAGCAAACUUAGAAGACAUGAGUAAGCCCUGCAAAAGAUUAUCAUUAUCUAAUGAAAAAUUAACAAGAAGAUUACCAACCUGGAAAGCAGAAGCAGAAGGAACAAUCUACAUAUUCUGGGUCUUGAAGAAUCAAUUGAAGGUCUCUGAGUGCAGCGGGCUCCCGGACGAAGAUGGCAUGGUUUGGCACGGUGAUGGUCUUUGCCUGUCUACUGGAGCAGUGUCUGAGCCUGGCGAUUUUCGCGCCGCAGCACAGCCAGCCCGACCCAUGCUACGACGAGGCAGGGCAACCCCGGCGCUGCAUCCCCGACUUUGUAAACGCCGGCUUCGGCCGGGAGGUGCAGGCUUCCAGCACGUGUGGGUCCCCGCCCAGCACCUACUGCUUCCCAACAGAGAAAGGGGGCGGCCGCAGCCGGACGUGCCGGACCUGCGACGCCUCGGACCCCAGGAGCGCGCACCCCGCCGCCUACUUGACCGAUCUGAAUAACGCGCACAACCUGAGCUGCUGGCGGUCGGAAAGCUUCUCACAGCCGUCGCACAACGUCACCCUCACACUGUCCCUGCACAAGAAGUUCGAGAUCACGUACGUGAGCCUGCAAUUCUGCUCGCCGCGCCCAGAGUCCAUGAGCAUCUAUAAGUCGAUGGACUACGGCCGGACGUGGGUUCCCUACCAGUUCUUCUCCGCGCAGUGUCGCCGGGUAUACAGCAAGCCCAACAGGGCGCCCGUAACCAAGCAGAACGAGCAGGAGGCCUUGUGUUCGGAUGGUUACUCUGACCUGUACCCGCUGAGUGGGGGUCUGAUCGCCUUUAGCACACUAGACGGCCGUCCCUCGGCCCAGGACUUCGACAACAGCCCUGUGCUGCAGGAUUGGGUGACGGCCACCGACAUCCGAGUAGUGUUCAGCCGGGCACACACACUGGGCGACGGCAGGCCCCGGGAGAGCUUCCAGUACGCGGUGGCCGACCUGCAAGUGGGUGGCCGCUGCCGCUGUAACGGGCACGCGUCCCGCUGUGUGAACGAUAAGGAUGGCUACCUGGUGUGUGACUGCAGACACAACACAGCCGGAGCCGAAUGCGAUCGCUGCAAACCCUUCCAUUAUGACCGGCCCUGGCAGAGGGCGACUGCCCGCGAUGCUAACGAGUGCCUGGCAUGUAGCUGCAACCUGCAUGCCCGGCGCUGCCGAUUCAACAUGGAACUUUACAAACUCUCUGGCCGAAAGAGUGGAGGUGUUUGCCUAAAUUGCCGACAUAAUACGGCAGGACGACAUUGCCACUAUUGUAAAGAAGGAUUCUAUCGAGACCUCACCAAGGCUAUUACACACCGUAAAGCUUGCAGAGCCUGUGACUGUCACCCCGUUGGAGCUGCUGGUAAAACAUGCAAUCAAACAACAGGACAGUGUCCGUGUAAGGAUGGUGUGACAGGCAUCACAUGCAACCGGUGUGCCAAGGGUUACCAACAGAGUCGGUCUCCAGUUGCUCCUUGUAUAAAGAUCCCAACAGCGUCGCCAAGGUCGGUGGCAAGCAGUACUGUUGAGCCUAUUGACUGUGAAUCAUACUGCAAACCUGUGAAAGGCAACUUGAAGAUUAACAUGAAAAAAUAUUGCAAGAAAGACUACGCCAUUCAGGUGAAUGUUCUGGAUAUGAACACAGUGAGUGAAUGGGCAAAGUUUACUGUGAACAUCAUUUCAGUCUAUAAGAGCAGAGACGAGAGGAUUAAGCGAGCAGAACAAUCUUUGUGGAUAAAUAUGAAGGACUUGGCUUGCAAGUGUCCAAAGAUUCAAAUGAGCAAGAAAUACCUCGUGAUGGGGACCUUUGACAGCUUGUCUGAGAGGCUUGGAGGUCUCCUGGCUGAUAAAAACAGCCUUGUCAUUCAGUGGCGAGACGUCUGGACAAGACGACUUCGAAAAUUCCAGCGCAAAGAGAAAAAAGGGAAAUGUGGAAAAGCUUGAUUGAUCAGUUCUGGAGAAGCUUUAAGAAGCAUCAUGAGCUACAAUUUCAACAUACUUUGGGUUCAAAAUACAUCCUUCAGCAAUUGCUGAAAGGUAAAUUAGACUGUGACAAGGAGACAGGAGGCUAUAAAUGACAGGAUAUUCUCCACAGCUUGUUACGCAAACUGUUGGCUGAAUAUGCUUUGCAAUUGAGCAUUCCUUUUUUAAAUGUGCCGAUGACUCCUUUCUAUGGGUAAAGGUCAGGCCACCAUAGGCUUGUUCUUUGACCCAAGAGCCAAGUUAGUGUUUGACAGAAGGACAUUCCCACCUUGUCCUGCCCAUUGUCCCCAUCCACACCCACACCCUAAACGCAGUAUCUUUUUUUUGCCUGUUAUGACUAACAUUUGAGACAAGAUGUGAUAAUUUAUGUGAGGCCAACAGCUGUGCUGAACAUAGAGUGUAAAUAUGGACUGGUUCCAAGACUUUUAGAGCCAGAUUGUUGGCACUCAGCAAGUGAAUUGUUAACAUUGUGUAUUUUGAGCUGUGAUUUCAAAAUAUCCAGUUUCAAUUAGAUUUCACAAAGUGCAUCAGUUUUGUAAAACUUUCAAUCUGACACACAACCCUUCAGCAUAAUAACUCCUGCUAUAUUCCAGUGGUCCUUUGUCACAUUGUCAGGGGAGCUAUAAAGGUAGUCACCCCAAAAUCAUCCUCUCAGAAUCAGCAUAUUACAAAGAUAUCAGCCUUGUCUAAGUGGUGCAACUAUCAACUCUGAGUGAUCUGUUAAAAAUUAUUCCAAGUUAAGAUGUUCAAGGACCCUUCCAGUUGAGUAGAUCUGACCCUGGCUUUUUCCUGAAGCCCUGCCUACUCGCACAUAGAGAUCCUGGGAUAAUAUUCACAACAGAGCAGGGACUUCAGAACAAGUUGCCCUCAAACAUUACUGUUGAUUGCCAGUGCCUUGAGAAGCCUCAGCAUGUUUUGUGCAAGGGCUGAAAAUUCAGUCUCUUUGGAUUCAAGAAAUGUAGUGCAGCAUCCCUCAGUACUGACUACAUAACUAUUCCUUCAGUAAUGACCACUGGAGCAUAAUCUCAGUAUUGACCACUCAACCAUGCCCUCAGUACGGACCACUCGACCAUUUCUUCAGUACUGACCACUCAACUAUUCCCUCAGUACUGACCACUCAAACAUAACCACAGUAUUGACCACUUGACCAUCCCUCAGUAUUGACCACUCAAUCAUUUCUUCAGUACUGACCACUCAACUAUUCCCUCAGUACUGACCACUCAAACAUAACCACAGUAUUGACCACUUGACCAUCCCUCAGUACUGACCACUCGAACAUUCCCUCAGUAAUGACCACUCAAACAUAACCUCAGUACUGACCACAUGACUGUUCCCUCAGUACUGACCACUUGACCAUAACCUCAGUACUGACCGCUUCACCUUAACCUCAGUACUGACCGCUUGACCUUAACCUCAGUACUGACCACUCAACUGUUCCCUCAGUACUGACCAGUUGAACAUAACCUCAGUACUGACUAUUCAACUGUUCCUACAGUACUGACUAGUUGAACAUAAUCUCAGUACUGUCCACUCGACUGUUCCCUCAGUACUGACCACUUGGCUGUUCCCUCAGUACUGACCACUUAACCAUAACCUCAAUAUCGAUCACUCACCCAUAAUCUCAGUACUGACCACUCGACCAUAACCUCAGUACUGACCACUUGACCAUAACCUUAGGACAGACCACUCAACCACUCCCUUAGUACUGACCACUCUACCAUAACCUCAGUACUGACCACUCAACUGUUCCCUCAGUACUGACCACUCGACCAUUCCCUUAGUACAACAGCAUAUUAUACACCCACAUAGCUAGAAUGAGGCUUGAUCCACAGUCUAUGAACUCAGAGGUGAGAUCGAUUCCUACUCAGACCUCGCUGUCACCAAGCAAUGCACAUGUAUAUCGCCUUCAGAUUUUUCUUUUACCUUCUUCUGCAGAAAACUCUCAUAAUUAUCCUAGAGCUUCCCAAGAUUUUAAAUUUGUUUGCACUUGUGCAUGACAGAGAAUGUUCAUUAUAUGUCAUAUUCAGGGCCUUUGCACAGUUAAAGCCUCAGUGUAAUAUCCUAACACAUUAUAGGCUGGAUUAGCUAACCACUGGCUGAAAGUUCAAAAACAUCUUUAAGGUACUAAAUUUCUACUGGUUUUACAGAUUAAAAAGGCAUAACUCUGGAAUAUUAUAAACUGUAUUAAUACUGCUUCACUGGUGCUCCUGCAUUUUGCAUGUGUUACUCUGGAUUUCCUUCAUCUGCAUAAUCUCUAUGUUAAAGCUGUUUUAAUCUUUGAUAAAUGGUUUUCAUUCAUUGUUUGCUGGUAUCAUACUCAAACACUGUGACUUGCUGAAAAUUUGUGAAUUAUCAGUGAAAUGGAGCACAAUGCCCUGUGAACUGGCAUUUUUGGUGCCAACAAUAAAGGUGCCAAUGUCUUGUUGCCCCUUUCCCCUUAUUCCUGGGCUUCAGUAGCCUAAAGUUAAUAAAUCAUAUCUCUAUUUCAGGCAAUGUGUUUUUCUGAAGUAAUUCAGUGUAAAAUAUUUACAUGUGUUCAGUGAAGUAAAUAACUCAUUCCUUGAGUUAAAAGUGAACCAUUUUAGACUCUGUUUAGAGGGAGAUUUACUCUGUGUCUGAACCUUGUUGUCCUCGUCAUGGAAUGUGUGCAGACCCAUGCAAAGGGGAUAUGUGACAGGAUAGGCAGAGGGAUCUUUACUCUCCAAAUUGUUAUUUAAUGACAGUAGAACCAGCCAAUCUCACUAAACGUGUCAAUAUAUUAUCUGGUGACCUGCUCAGAUGAAAGCCAUCUGAUGAGCUAGUUCAGGAGAGUAGUUUGUAUUCCAUCUCAAUAAAUGUAUACUAGCAAGAGUGAGCAGUGACAUAAGCUGAUCAAAAACCGCAAUGGUGAAAUAAGUUACCUUGAUGUGUCAUGAUUUCUCAAAUGGCUUUCUAAUCCCAUUCAUUACUUGUUAAUAGGUUAUCUAUGGCUUAUCUUUGCCAGUAGAUCUUCAGUUUCCUUGUUAAUAGGUUAUUAAUGGCUUAUCUUUGCCAAUAGAUCUGAAUUAUGAUUAUAAAUAAUUCUGGCCACAAUUCCAAACUAAUGAUCUAAGACUGCUAUCCUUUCUACUUCAUCAGUUAUGUAAAGGCAAAGAACAGGAGUUUAUCAUUAUCAGGAUAAUAGAAUGAAGCCCACUGCAUACAAUGGGACCUUUGUACGCAGAGAUCACAGUGCAUGCAAUUAGAAAUGCCAUGAUGGUUCUGGUGGGUAUGCUGGCCAUUUCCAUGGAGGCUCCAAAAUAAUGCCACAAAGAUCCUAGUGUUCUCAUUUGGCAUUGCCAUGAAGGAACUAAAGUGGAUGAUUAGAGCUGCCAAGGUGGUCACAGCAUGUCCAACCAAGAAGAUUCUGGUGUACAUAUCAGCAGGGUAAUUUCACCUGUGGACCCACAGUUGGGUUUGAGGGCUAACAACCAGCAUCUUGUACUUCUGUAUCAUAAUCUCAAACUCCACUACUUGUUUUACAUUGUCACCUGUUCCUUAUAACUGCAAUUUUGGAUUUACAUUGAGCAGUCCAAAAUAUUCCAGUUAUGUUAAUUGAGAAGAAACUUAAAGGUUCUUGAGGCCACCAGGAACCCAGUUUAUACCCUCAUUGUAUACUUUUUUAACAGUAGUGCAAGAUCUGAAUUCUGUAA